GCCGUACACGUUCACUCACUCACACACGCAGAUGGCGGCCUUCGGAGCUCGCGGAGCUGGGUAUGGACUAGACGCGGAACUUGCUCGUCAGAGAGAGGCGAAGUAUGACCAUUCCGCGGAAGACCAAGCGCGGGCAUGGAUCGAAGCAGUGACAGGCGAGCGGGUUGUGGGCCCCUUCGGAGACGCCUUGAGAGAUGGCGUCGUUAUCUGCAAGCUUGUCAACACUAUCAAGCCGGGUGCGGUACGGAAGAUCAACGAGUCGAGGAUGCCCUUCAAACAGAUGGAAAACAUCUCGAACUUUCUGAAAUCCUGCAGGGCGAUGGGAGUCGCCGAGCAUUCGCUGUUCGAGACGGUGGAUCUGUACGAAGGAAAAGACAUUGGGCUAGUGGUGCGCUGCAUUUUUGCCUUGGGAAGCGCCGUUCAGGGUACUUGCCCGGAGUACACCGGGCCGACCUUAGGCGCCAAGCCUCAUCAGGAGAACAAGCGUAUUUUCAACGAGGAGCAGAAGCAACAGGCCAAAGUCAACGCCUCGUUCUCCAAGCUCGGCAUGGGUUCGGCCCACAGCAUGGAGCGGUCCCAGAUUUCUAAACCAGGCAUUUGUUUUGGAGCCGAGAACGCUGGCACUGGGGACACCACCACAGUCGGCAAACUAACGAAGGGCUCACAUGGUAUUCAAGAGCGCCUUCCGGUGGACCAAUCCAGGAGCAUUACGUUUGGCAAAGACAAGGUCGGAACAGGCGACACCACAACCAUCGGCAAACUCACUCAGCCUAGCUUGAGCUCAUACGGAAUCAUGGACCGCAACUCCUUUUCCAACGCCAACGACGUCACUUUCGGUGCCCCAUCCAGUCAGGCCAGGCCGCUCGACGGAAACAAGGAGAAGGAUGCCGACGCCGGAGUCUCUGUGCCUGAGAAACCUACAGCGGACUGCCCCGUCAGCGCGGCCAUGUCGCCGUUGGUAUUCGGUUGCGACACCGUUGAGAAAAACAACAGGAGCUGGUUCCAGGCUCGCAGCGGGUAACAAGAGCCAAGGAAGACCGUGACACGAGCACAUAAAUCAUUCGUAGAGUCUUACAAGUAUCUGUUGAAGGAGGUCGUUGUUUCUUAGAAUACUGAUAGAGGCGUCCCGUCGGUUUUGUCGAGUAUGUAUGUCCAGCUUGCCGAAAGCAAGAAGCAGGAGAUAUUUAAUGAAAUGCGUCACUGGGUGAACGUGUGGCCAAUAUUAAUAUUGUCCAAGUGUGGGAAGGGUGGGGGUAAAGGGGAGAUUUCGUUGAAGUCAACAGCAAGUUGUUGUAGAUGCCCACCAUGUUGGUUUUGCGGUGUUCUUCGGUGCAGGCCGCUGUGUUGUUUUUUGUGUUCUGUAUGUAUUGUGGGGGUUAUCUCUCGGGCAACUGCUAUCCAGUUUUCCUUGAUACCGACAACUCCGUUCCGUUUGAAACCACUUGCACCACC